AUGGUUAUCUCCCAACCAGCCACGCCAGAGCGUGGCGCUGGGGCGCAGCUUGACCAGCAGUACCUGGAUAGCUUCAACUUCAGAGCUCGCCAACAGCUCCUGAAAACAGGCCCUCCGGUAACCCUGCAGCCAUUUCAACACUGCAGCAGCCCAUCCCGCAGUCUUACAGCAUACGACAGGGACAGAGGACAUCGCCGCAAUAGACGCCCGGACACCGGCACCCAAAAUAGCUCAACCAACAGGUUUGCAGCCCUUGCAGAAGAGGAUGACGCCACAGCAACGCCUACCCCAAUUUUUGACCUGGAAGCUGAGACAGAAGAAAUCAUCAAGACACAGAAGGAGAGACUUGACAUACGCGCGAAGGUCCUCAGAACCUACGCAGAUGCAAUAACAGCCUGCACGCGAAAAUUCACCACAGGUUACGGACUACACAUUGCCAAUGAGUUCCAGAGCACCCUCCUGCGACACUGGAACCAGUUUGUACGCGCAGAAGAACCGCUCAUACCAGGAAAUAAGGAUACGCACGCUCCAAGCUCACUCACAGGGACAAACAAACCUACGCCGCCAGCGCCGGCCGCUAGAGAAAACACCAGAACCGACAAGUCAGUGAGCUUCGCCAACAUCGCGAAAAAUGCCUCACGCCAGACACCCGGGGAUGUGCACGUGCAUCCCCACCGCCGCCAAAACACAACUAUUGCGGACCGCACCGAUCGCAGGGUCCUUCUCCGCUUGAAGAGUGGCUCCUCGUUCUUCGAGAAGGGCCUACAAAUUCGCCUCGCACUAAAGGACAAGCUUGCUAUUGCAUCCCAGGACAUCCAAGACAUUAAGCCAACAAACACAGGCUGGGCAAUUGUGGCCCGGAACGAGAAAAUUCAGCAGCUUAUUUUUGAGAAGCAGAACGAAUGGGGCCCAUGCAUCGACCUAGAUAUUGCAGAGAAACAAAUCCCAUGGCACACCUACCUGAUCAAGGACUUCCCCAAGACUCUCCACUCUUGGGACGGCACCCUUCUGGACUUCAAGGAAACGAUUGAAGAAGAGAUCGAAGCCCAAACAGGGCAAAAACCAGAACGAUGGCAUGUCUCACAAAAGCCUAAUAAUGAGGAUCCGACCAAAGCAACACUAGUCAUCUCAUUCCUUAAACCGCUGAACAGCAACUUCCGGCUACUCGGACAGGGAAGCUACUCCUUUAAACUUACCAAACCAAAGAAACUGUCCCAGUGCACACACUGCUGGAACUUUCACCCGCCAACUCGCUGCAUAGUUACAAAAGUCUGUGUGCGCUGUGGCGUCAAAGAUGACAUGCACAACGCAGACAGCUGUGAUAAUACGACAAAAUGCGCAAACUGUCAUGGCGCACAUGAAGCCAACUACGAGAACUGCUUCGCUCGCCCACAGAAGCUCCGCGGGAGCUUCCAGAAACUCUCAAAGACUCAGCUUAUCUACGCCAGGCGACUAGGACAGGAAGACUUCAAACGAAAGAACAGUACACAGCAAGCUGACAGUUACCAACUCCCACCAGCUGUGGAACAGGGCGAGGAAGACGCCUACCCUCUACAGGAUGCCGAGAUGAGCGGCACAGAGCCAACCCAGACAAUCCAGGCCCCAGAAACAAAUUCAGUCAAUAUUGUAGACCACGAAGGUAGAGGAGUAGAUACCCAAGGAGAGAAGGAAAAAGAAAAGGACGAUGAAGAAACAGAAGAAGAAGCAGCAGGGGAGGAGGAAGCAGAGGAAGACGAAGAAGAAGAGGAGGAGGAAGCAGAAGAAGAAGAUAUUGAGGAAGCACUACCUCCACCAGCACAGUCGUACCCAACAGGAGCCAACACAAAACACGAUCCUCGCGUCAUUCCCAAACACCACUUCUAUAUCACCGGGAAGGGUGCAUCGCAAACAGCCACCAAUCAGAAUUCUACGAUCAAUACCAGCACGACCAAGAACCCGUACUUCACCAUCAAAAAGCAGUUUCGACCUCAACCCCGAACUGAUGACAUCGAACCGCCCAGCGAAGCCACUGCCCGGGAAUCACCCAGCGAAGCCACCUCCCGGGAAAUCAUAGAAGUACACAGGAAGAUCCACGCUGAACAGCUCCUCCCAGCUCGUCACCGAGACCUUCUUUGGGUCCAAGUGAAUGGAACCACGAUCCUCAACAUUUACAACAGACCAGAGGAAGAAACCUCACUGGACAUUAUUGAGUCAUGGACUCCCCCAAACCGAUGCGUGGUUGCAGGGGACAUGAACGCCUUCCACCCAUCGUGGCAGGCAGAUCGGAGGGCAUCGCAGGAUGGCAGAAGGAUCUUCAACUGGACGCAAGAACACGACCUAGUCCUUCUUAAUGACCCAGAAACCUCAACCACAAUGCCAAAGUUAAACAAAAGAUCUAGUACAAUCGACCUGGUAUUCUCCAACAUCCCAACAGCCACCGCAACCGUAGAAGAGUACCUCACCACCGGCUCGCUGCAUUACACAAUCGGUACAGAGAUCCCAGACAAUGAGAGCAGCCCCAGGACCCCAGGAAAAGUCCAUGUCAGCCUACCGGAGGAAAUCAAGGCGUUUAGCAAACACGUGGCCAGCGCGGCCCCGUCACUACCAUCGUUCAUCCGCUCCAGACAAGAUAUUGAUGAUGCUGCUGGACAACUUCUACAAAUCCUGCAAGACGCUGCAAAAGCUUGCGGCCGACUGAGUAAAGGAAAGAGAGCCCGACAGAAUCCUUGGUGGAGCAAAGAGUGUAACGAAGCGCAUGAGAGUCUCCGCGCUGCUCGAUAUACUACCGAAAGCCGACAUGGAGAGGAAGUCCAACGCGCUAGGAUCCACCUUAAGCGCACCGUCCGCCGCGCGAAACGAAACUUCUGGCGCACUAUUGUUGCAGAUAUCACAGACCAAGCUGAUAUAUUCCGGAGCGUGCCAACAUCCUUCGCAAGGAGAAGCUCGAAAGACGGUACAACGAACUUAGAGCGCGCCAACAUCCUACGCAAGGAGAAGCUCGAAAGACGGGACGUGUCAGAUGAUAUCCCAGACCCAUGGAUCCCCACAGCUUCACCAACCCAACAAAUCCCCUUUUCGGCACACAUCCCAAUCAGCGAAGCCCAGGAUGCACUACUCAGAACUGGGAACACCACUCCUGGAAUGGACGGUAUUACAACGAAAAUGCUCCAAGCAAUCUGGCCAAGCAUUUCACAUGUCACCACACUCCUCUACAACGCUUGCCUCACCCUAGGAUAUCACCCAACUCCCUUCAAGACAGCAGAGGUAGCGAUGAUCCCAAAACUCAAUAAGAGAGAUCUCAGUGACAUCUCUGCGUGGCGCCCCAUAUCCCUCCUUUCCUGGCUGUCCAAAGGCUGGAACGAAUACAAGGUCCUCCACCCUAACCAGGCUGGAGCACUCCCCAAAAGAAGCGCUACAGACAUCGUCACCGCACUCCUCUACGAUGUUGAACGUGCCUUAGGUAACGGCAAGAUGGCCACACUUGUCACAAUGGAUGUCAAAGGGGCCUUCGAUGCUAUCCUCCCCAAUAGGCUGAUCCUACGACUCCGACGACAAGGAUGGCCGGUUUUCCUGAUUUGGUGGAUCUACCACUUCGUCUCCCACCGUAAAGCUCUAGUCAGAUUCCAGGAUGCUAAAACAGAACCCGCAGAACUGCCCUGCGGCCUUCCUCAGGGCUCGCCUAUAUCGCCGAUUCUCUAUCUACUAGCCACCACCCCCAUUUACUCUCUUCCAGGAGCAACAGAAAGAUACGGCUACGCGGACGAUACAGCGAUGCUCUUUGUAGGGGACACCCUGGAGGAGACCACUGCAAAAGCAAACACGGCGAUCACCGCAAUGGAAACAUGGGGGCAGCAAGAGGCUUUCUCCUUCGACCCAGACAAGACGGAGGUCAUGCACUUCUCUAGGAAAAGGAACAGUAGCUCGCCACCGGUCUCCCACCAAGGCAAGGAGAUUAAGGCACAGAAGGCAAUGCGUUGGCUAGGAGUCUGGCUCGACCGCAGGCUCACUUUCAACACGCACAUCGAGAAAUGGUCACUCAAGGCCGAAAAGGUUAUUUCACAGUUGCGGUUCGUUAACAACACAGUCCGCGGAACAUCAGCAGUAGCAGCUAGGAGAGCGAUUUAUGCCGUAGCCUUACCUACACUCUUCUAUGGGCUAGACACAUGGUUCCCCGGCUUCCUUUCCGAGUCAACACAUAAGGGCGCAAGGACGAUUACCAAAACCCAUGCACAUAAAGGUGCAAGGACGAUUACCAAAACCCAUCUCUCAAAGCUUCAAGUAAUCCUAAACAAGGCCUGCCACGCAGUCCUACCCGUUUGGAAGACCACCCCACAAGUCGUCCUCUGGAAGGAGGCGGGUAUACCGCCAGCAGACAUCAUACUCAAGCAACAACAAGCGCGCACUGCGCUCCGUUAUGCCACACUAGAUGUUGCGCACCCGGUAUCCAGAAGGCUAAGACAAGCGCAGCAUGAACUUGACCAGAGCAACCACCCAACAACACGCAGCCAAACCCUGCAGAGGGAUAGCCGACUCCUCCGAACAGCGCCAUGGGCGAAGGAGGUCGAACGACCAAGGCUUAUAGCACGCCGCUUCAAUGAUAACAUCCCGACCGAAGCUGGGGGCGAAAGACCACCUAAAGAAACCGCCGCUGUAGAAUUCCAGCGCUGGCUUGAGGACAAACCCCCAGGCUAUGUCGUCUUCAGUGAUGGCUCCAAGACAGAAAGAGAUACCGCAGGGUAUGGAUACGCAGUAUUCCACAACGGACGCCUCGCUGAUUGGGGCUUUGGCCAGCUUGGCCGCAGAGAAGUCUUUGACGCAGAAAUUCACGGCGCUCUCGAAGGCCUCCAAUGCGCUGUACUCGCCAACUUCACCAACGAACCAAUCACGGUCUGUAUGGACAACACCUCUGUCAUCGACUGCAUCGGAGCAACAGCACCAAACUCCUCACAGGCCUGUUUCAGAGCCUUUCAAAAGAUAGGAGACAAAUAUCCAGUUCAGGGCCUUUCAGGGGAUAGGAGACAAAUAUCCGUACCAGGUAUCUGUUAA